AUGGCCAGCGCGGGCGGGGAUCCGGGCCGGGCCGCGCUCUCCAAGCUGCAGUUCGCUCCCUUCAGCAGCGCCCUGGACGCGGGAUUCUGGCACGAGCUCACCCAGAGGAAACUCAACGAGUACCGGCUGGACGAGACCCCCAAGGUCAUCAAGGGCUACUACUACAAUGGUGAUCCUUUGGGUUUGCCAGCUCGAUUGACACUGGAGUUCAGUGCCUUUGAUAUGAAUGCUUCAAUACCAGCACGUUGCUGUCCUGCUUUUGGAACGUUGUAUAACACCAACACUUUGGAGACUUUCAAAUCCUGUGAUAAGAAAGCGCUUCUGGACAAGGAAGCAAAUGAGAUCUGGGAAUCAAUCAAAUCUGGAGCUGCUCUGGAGAACCCAAUGCUCUUGAACAGGUUCCUGCUGUUGACAUUUGCAGAUUUAAAAAAGUAUCAUUUCUAUUACUGGUUUUGCUACCCUGCUCUCUGCUUCCCUGAUGGAAUUCAUAUCACUCAGAAACCUGUGUGUCUUGGGGACAGGUUCUCACUGAAUCAGAUUCAAGCUCUGCAGAAAGCCUAUGAUGACCUUUGCCAGGAGGAGGGGGUGACAGCCCUGCCUUAUUUUUUAAUUAAGUAUCAUGAUAAUUCUGUCAUGAUAUCCCUGCUGAAAAGGUGGGAUGGCUUCUUUCCAGACCAAGGAGAAAAGGUGACAGUUGGAGUUUAUGAUCCCUGUAAUUUAUCCCAGUAUCCAGGAUGGCCACUGAGAAACUUCCUGAUCCUGGCAGCCCACAAAUGGGGCAGUGCUCUGCAGAGGGUUGAAGUGCUCUGCUUCAGGGACAGGACCAUGCAGGGGGUGAGAGACAUCACACACAGCAUCAUCUUUGAAAUCCAACUGCCAGAGACACCCCUGGGCCCAGAUUGUCCAAAAGCUGUUGGAUGGGAGAAAAACCAAAAGGGAGGCAUGGGACCAAGGAUGGUGAAUCUCAGUGAAUGCAUGGAUCCAAAAAGGUUGGCAGAAUCAUCCGUGGAUCUGAAUUUGAAGUUGAUGUGCUGGAGGUUGGUGCCUACUCUGGAUUUGGAAAAGAUUGUGACUGCCAAGUGUCUGCUGCUGGGAGCUGGCACCCUGGGCUGUAGUGUUGCAAGGACCUUGAUGGGCUGGGGAGUGAGGAAAAUCACUUUUGUGGACAAUGCCAAGAUCUCCUACUCCAACCCCGUGCGGCAGCCGCUCUACGAGUUCGAGGAUUGCCUGAGUGGGGGCAAGCCCAAGGCUCUGGCAGCAGCAGAAAGGCUGCAAAAAAUCUUCCCUGGAGUGAGCUCUGAAGGUUACAACAUGAGCAUCCCCAUGCCAGGCCACCCAGUGAAUUUUUCAGAGGUGACAAUGGCCCAGGCUCAGAAGGAUGUGGCCAAGCUUGAGGAGCUCAUUGAUGGCCACGAUGUUGUGUUCCUGCUCAUGGACACUCGGGAGAGUCGCUGGCUGCCUGCUGUCAUUGCAGCCAGCAAGAGGAAGUUGGUCAUCAAUGCUGCCUUGGGAUUUGACACUUUUGUUGUUAUGAGACAUGGCCUAAAGAAGCCAAAACAGCAACAAACUGAUGAUUCACAUUUCAGCAACGCCUCUGCUUCCUCUGAUCUGCUGGGAUCCUCACUCUUCUCAAAUAUCCCUGGCUAUAAACUGGGCUGCUACUUCUGCAAUGAUGUGGUGGCACCAGGGGAUUCCACCCGGGAUCGCACUCUGGACCAGCAGUGCACGGUCAGCCGCCCUGGGCUGGCCAUGGUGGCUGGAGCCCUGGCAGUGGAGUUGAUGGUUUCUGUCCUGCAGCAUCCAGAAGGUGGUUAUGCUGUGGCCAGCAGCAGUGAUGACAGAAUGAAUGAACCACCCACUUCCCUUGGGCUUGUUCCUCACCAGAUCCGAGGAUUUUUAUCCAGAUUUGAUAAUGUUCUGCCAGUCAGCCUGGCAUUUGAUAAGUGUACAGCCUGCUCAGCCAAGGUCCUUGACCAGUAUGAAAGAGAAGGAUUUAAUUUCUUAGCUAAAGUUUUUAAUUCUUCACAUUCCUUCUUGGAAGACUUGACAGGUCUGACUUUAUUACACCAGGAGACACAGGCUGCUGAGAUCUGGGACAUGAGUGAUGAUGAAACGGUUUGAAAUCAGGUGCUGAGGAGGAGGAGGAGGAUGCUCUGGGCUGCAGCCCUGCCUUUUAUCUCUGCUUUGAGGAGUUAAUGAUUGCUUACCCCUCCUGACUGCUGCAAAGACAAACAAACAGAACCCACGUUUUGCCAUGAAUAACUUCACUUUCAAAGCAGUCUCUUAUGGACAGAACUCACCAUGUUUUCAUUUUUAUUGUGUAAAUAACUGGAGCAAUGUGCUUGUGUUUAAA